CAAGGGAAGUCAAGAGAAUGGGAGGCUGUAUGCACAGCGCCCAGGACCACACCAUCCACUCGGGAGGAGAGUCCAGUCCUUCUGAAGCUCCAGGACCCACUUCAGCACCCCACAAAAUGCCAAAAAGUGUUUCAAUAUCUAAACAACUGGCUUCAAUAAAAGCUUUGAAGAAGGGAUCAGAUCUGGAAAAAGCCAUUGCAACUGUUGCUCUGAUUUUCAGAAACUCUUCUGACCCCGAUGGCAAACUUGGAAAAGCCACUGCCAAGAAUCUGCUACAAACCCAAUUUAGGAAUUUCACAGAGAGAGAAGAAUCCAAGCCAAAAUACUGAGACAUCCUUUCUGAACUUGAUGAGCACACAGAAAAUAAACUGGAUUUUGAGGACUUCGUGAUCUUGCUCCUGAGCCUCGCCGUCAUGUCUGAUCUGUUGCAAAACAUAUGGAAUGAAAAUAUGAAAUAAACAGACUGAAAUAUGUGAAUGGGCAAAAGGAGGGCAAAGCAGUAUCACGUGACUAAACAUGCUUCUGUCUGAUUUGUAAUGAGCAUGAGAGGUGUUCACCCAGUAUAACUUGAAACAUUUCAACCUCUUCAGAAAUGUUUGAAUAAUUCAACUGUGACAUAACA